GUCUAAUCCAAUGAGUUUCGGCCAUUAUUAUUGCAAAUGGGAAGGGCGUGUAAUUGCAAUGUUAAUAUCUUCCGAGUUCAAUGUUGAAAGCAGAAUGUUCCAUGCAUUGAACAGAUGUCGAUAGGUCUUCCAACCCCACUUCAACAUCGUUUUCAAUGUUAUCCUUGGGUUAUUGUCAAAAGUUUUAGCAGUGAACCCGUGAAUAAGUGCCAAAGUGGCAUUUUCGUAAUUAUUAAAAUUACUCAAUGUUUAGACAUCAUAUGCACAUUUCGCUAUUUCGUACCUGAAGUGUCAAAACCAAUCAAAAGUUUUUCCUCCUUGCUGACAGUUAUGUAUUUUCAUUUUAACCAGGUGAAAAGUUUAUUAUAAAAUCGGCAAACUUUCUCUCAACUUUACACUUCAUGUAUUUCAUCGCCUUAAGUGAAAAUUUGUCUUGGAACGAAUGGAGGAAAAUAUGGAAAGUAGCAAAGUUAAAUGGCAAGGCAAAUUAAAUUGCCUGAAUGUUUUCCAGUUUCAAGUGGUAAAUUAUCGAUUAAAGAAAUAUGUUUAGAGACACAGGUUAAUAAACAAGUAGACGUGGAUUCGUCUUUAUUGAGAGGUAAAAGCGAUGAAGUUUCGCGUGUUAUUAUGAAGGUUGCUAACACUUUUUAAGCCAAAUUUAGAAAGGACGUGAUGUAUGGUAUCGCCUAAGUGAUAUUUCUUGCUUACAAUAUUUUGAAUUAAUGAGCAGGACAGAUUAAGA